AUGGCCCCUCAAUCAGAUAAACUACCAGACGAGCUUCUCCACUCUAUGGCCGAUAAAGUUGACAGCUUGUCGCGGUUGGCGACAGAGAAACAUGUCACAUACAUCCAAAGUCUGGAUACGAAGAAAGACGAGUACGACUACUGGCUCACUGAACACCUGCGCCUGAAUGGCCUCUACUGGGGCCUGAACUCACUUCAUCUUCUCGGACAUCCCAACGCGCUCCCACGGGAUAAGACGAUCGAUUUCGUUCUCUCAUGUCAGCACGAGAACGGAGGCUUCGGCGCCGCUCCGGGGCAUGAUGCCCACAUGCUGUCCACCGUCAGCGCAGUGCAAAUUCUUGCAAUGAUCGAUGCAUUUGACGAGCUGGAGAAGCGGGGCAAGGGGAAGGCGACAGUGGGCAAAUUCAUAGCAGAUCUCCAGAACCGGGAAACUGGCACAUUUGCUGGCGAUGAGUGGGGCGAAGAAGACACUCGCUUUCUCUAUGGUGCCCUCAACGCGCUGUCUCUGUUGGGGCUGUUGUCUCUUGUGGAUGUCGACAAGGCUGUGGAGCACAUUGCCGCAUGCGCCAACUUUGACGGCGGCUAUGGAGUCAACCCCGGCGCCGAGUCUCACUCGGGCCAGAUCUUCACAUGUGUGGCUGCUCUGUACAUAGCCGACCGGCUAGAUCUUGUCGACACAGACCGGCUUGGCCGGUGGCUCAGCGAGAGGCAAGUCGCGAGCGGCGGGUUCAAUGGCCGGCCUGAGAAGUUGGAGGACUCCUGCUACAGCUGGUGGGUUCUGAGCAGUCUCAAAAUGAUCAAUAAGGUCCACUGGAUCGACAGGGAAAGGCUCAUACAGUUCAUCCUGAAAUGCCAGGACCCUGAGCUUGGUGGCAUUGCAGAUCGACCUGGAGAUAUGGUAGAUGUCUGGCACACGGUGUACUCGGUAGCUGGGUUGAGCUUGCUAGAUUAUGAGGGCUUGGAGGUGGUGCAUCCGGCCUACUGCAUGCCCGUCUCUACCAUUGAACGCGUCCUGGGCAAGAAAUAA